UGUCGGAUUUGCCAGACCUGUUGCGAAGAUCCUGCGACGCCGGACACCGUUGCCACCUCUGGUUGAACCCGAAUGCGCACUCAAACCCACCUCCGGUCUUCAGGGUACGAACCAUUAAGAACAUGUUUCUUGUUAACAGUGUUUAUGAGGAACAUCUCAGGGCCCAUGGACUUCUACCAUUUUCUAAGCUGACAUCGAGCAAGGAGAAGUUCACGUUAGACCCAUCUCUUCUAUCGGCCCUUGUUGAUCGUUGGAGACCUGAAACCCACACCUUCCACUUAAGUUGUGGGGAGCUGACUCCUGCGCUGAAAGAUGUUUCCAUGAUCACAGCCCUGCCAAUCAAGGGUACUCCUUUGGUCCCUGCCGCUUAUUCUAGUAUUUGGCCGACUGAGGUACAGGACCGUCUUGGCGUGGCAAUGCCUGCUACGAGCCGCGGAGGGUCACGUCCAAGGGGGGUCCCUCUAAGCUGGUUGGUCAAUAAUUUUCAAGAGUUACCAGCUGAAGCAGAUGCUGCGAUCAUGAGCCGACAUCUUUUUGCGUAUUUACUGUACCUAUUUGGUAUAAUGUUUCCUUCGUCCCAUGGUGAUAUUGUGCUCCCGGGUCUUAUUAAGAUAGCCGAGAACAUAGUAGAUUUGCCUCCACCACCCAGCCCUUUAUACAGCUUUGGUUCUGCAAUGCUCGCGUAUACCUAUAGGGGGUUGUGUGAUGCAACAAAGAAAACCAGGGCAUCUUCAAAGGGACAUAUACUUGCUGUAAGCGCAGAGUUUCUUCAGCUAUGGUCGUGGGAGUACCUACCAGUUGGGCGUCCCCGCAUCCUGAACCCAAUUCACCCAUACGGCGGUAAGACCGAACAAUAUGCCCCUCUUACUUUUGGAAGUCGUUGGGUACAUGCAAAAAAAAGGUGGUCAAAUAAUGUAGCACACGGUUGCUACCCCGAAUACCACCAACAGUUUGAGGAGCUACAAGAGACCAUGGUCAAAUGGGACCCAUAUACGGAACAUGACGUGUACAUUGUCAGGGGUCUUGUUAAACCACCACCAGAUAUGCUGCGAGACAUACGGUUGUGGUUCACACGAUGCAACCUACUCUUUAUUUGGAUGGUUGAGCCAUACAACCCAGAGCGUGUCAUGCGGCAGUUUGGUAAGCAUCAGGAUAUUCCCCCACCAUCACCAAGACGCCUUGUUGCUGAUGUUCAUACGCAAGACAAUAAAGGCCUGAGUUGUUUCGACUGGAGUCAGCGUAAUCAAACAUGGAUUACGAAAUGGAUUGAUGAAGUAGAGUCCGAUGGAGUACGCGAAAAUAGGUAAUUACAUAUUUUAAUUCAUCUUAUCAUCAUGUACCUUCUAAUGUAAUUUAUCACUGAUGCAGAAGGUACAACGGUGAGAUACUGCCAACGUAUAAUGAAUGGU